AUGUCGAUACCAAACAGUCACCGCAAUGUGGAGGACGAUGCACCCCCUCCAUUGCCACCUCCUAGAUUUAUACCCGGCUUUGCGCCUCCUGGACCACCGAGCCACGAUCGUAUUCCUUCUAUUGACUCAACCGCUAGCUGGGACUCGAGACGCGACAGUGAUAGCGACCAUUUACGGUUUAGGAAAAAGGAGGUUCGACCACACCAAAGGGAUGAGGGCUACCAUAGCAUGAACUCGACAUUUUCGUCAAUUGGCACCCAGGAUUCAUUCCCGAAGAAGCUUUUCAUGUCCCACAACAUCCCCCAGUUCAACAAGUCUGCAGCGAGCGAUUAUGACAGCCAUCUGCUUAAGAAGUUAGAUUCGCGUCGAGUCUUCGACAACCGCUCACCACCUCGCCGAUCUGGACUUGCCAUGUCUUUGGACCAAAGUAGACCUGAUCCCUCACGUCAUAACAGCAUCCCUCAGUUAUCUUUACCUCUUCGACUGAAUAAUAACCAUCCAACGGAUUCCUCUAGUCGCUUCACAGAGUCACCUACACAGUCAGUAGCCACGACAACAUCACCACGUGCUGCGCCGUAUUAUUCUGUCGCCGGUCCCGAGUAUCGCUCACCAGUCGAAUUGACAGAUAUGGACCGUUCACCACGCUAUAGAGCUAGGCGGAAUAACAGUGACGACGCCACUAUGUCAACACAUAGUGGUUACGACAAUAUGGAGGACGUAGAUUUUCCAAUGGAAGAAACGUCUGGUAUUAGGAGAUUACGUAUUGAUGAAGCCCACGGGCGGUCAGAUUACCGGUCUGUUGGGCAGAAAAGACGCGCAUCCUCGCCGCCGAGUGGAGAUAGUCCACCACAAGGACCAUUGAAUUCUAGCGACCCUACAAGGCGCCGCGACGGCGUUGGCAGGGGCUCACCAGCCCCACGACUGAGCUUAGUACCACCAAGCUCUAUGUCCUCAGUGUCAACCGCGGGGCGUAGUGCAUCCUAUGUUUCAACGGCGUCUCUAAAUACAAGCAUUUCAAGUUUGACCUCAUUUGGGGGCAGAUCUCCUAGCGGACUAUCGUCUGGAGGCCUAUCUCCCGUCGACAUGAUGGGCAAUUCACCUUAUAAUACGCCAGUAUCACUCGGGCCCUCUUGCGCACCCUUUGGUCGAGCCCCCCAUCAGCGGAAUGCUAGCAACGAAAACAAGCAACUUGCGUCACCACGAAAAGUUGUAGAAGUACCGAAAGCCACCAUUUCGAAACUGCAAGGCGGCUUUCUCAUGUGUGAAUGUUGCCCUAAGAAACCUAAAAAAUUCGAGACACCAGAGGAAUUAAGUGCGCAUGAAGCUGAGAAGCAAUAUGAGUGCUCGUUCUGUGGCAAUCGUUUUAAAAACAAGAACGAGGCUGAACGUCACCAAAACAGUUUACAUGUCAGGCGCCAUAGCUGGUCCUGUUCGGCACUUCUCAUGUCAGGCUUUGAUAGAGCUUUCCACGAGAGUCAAAACAGGCCCGGCGAGGCCGAUACGUGCGGCUAUUGCGGUGAAGAAUUUAUGCGUAGUGGGGGAGCUGCACGUGCGCGGCACGCAACUGAGCGUGAUUGGGACAUGCGAUUGAAGCAUUUACAGGAAGCUCAUAAGUUUCGGGAGUGCAACUCGAGCAAGAAGUUCUAUCGCGCGGAUCACUUCCGGCAGCAUCUUAAACAUAGCCAUGCCGGCACAAGUGGAAAGUGGACUAACAUGCUAGAGAAUGCCUGCAUGUUGGACGAAGAGCCACCACAGCCUUCUCGGUGA